AUUUAGAUGUGGCAACUCGCCGAGGUACAGCGUUUGCAGACUAUCUGCGACAGAGGCUCACAGGACCAACGCCAAGAUGAUGCUCUCAAGGGCCAAACCCGCUGUAGGCGGGGAACCACCUCAUACUGACAAAAGAAAGAAGAAAGGUAGGAAGAUUCCAAAACUAGAGGAUCUACUUUCUCAAAGAGAUUUCACUGGCGCCAUUACCCUAUUGGAGUUCAAACGCCAUGUUGGGGAGCAAGAAGAUGAUACAAACUUGUGGAUUGGAUACUGUGCUUUUCACCUGGGUGACUACAAGAGAGCUUUGGAGGAAUAUGAAAAUGCAACGAAGGAGGAAAACUGCAAUCCAGAAGUGUGGGUAAACUUGGCCUGCACCUACUUUUUUCUUGGGAUGUAUAAACAAGCAGAAGCUGCUGGAUUUAAAGCUCCAAAAAGCCGGCUCCAAAACCGCCUGCUGUUCCAUCUGGCUCACAAGUUUAAUGAUGAGAAGAAAUUGAUGAACUUUCACCAGAAUCUUCAGGAUAUCAAAGAGGACCAGCUUAGUUUGGCUUCAAUCCACUACAUGCGAUCCCAUUACCAAGAAGCUAUUGAUAUAUAUAAGCGGAUACUGCUGGAUAACAGGGAAUAUCUGGCACUCAACGUUUAUGUGGCGCUCUGCUACUACAAAUUGGAUUACUAUGAUGUGUCUCAAGAAGUCCUGGCUGUUUACCUUCAGCAAAUACCUGAUAGCACCAUUGCUCUCAACCUUAAGGCCUGCAAUCACUUUCGCCUUUAUAACGGCAAAGCAGCUGAGGCAGAGCUCAAAAGCUUGAUGGACAACGCCUCUUCACCCUUUGAGUUUGCUAAGGAACUCAUCAGGCACAAUCUGGUUGUUUUCCGAGGAGGCGAAGGGGCUUUGCAGGUUUUGCCUCCCCUGGUUGAUGUCAUUCCUGAAGCUAGGCUGAACCUAGUGAUUUACUACCUUCGUCAAGAUGAUGUACAGGAAGCUUAUAACUUAAUCAAGGAUCUGGAACCUACUACACCACAGGAGUAUAUCCUCAAGGGAGUUGUCAAUGCAGCCCUUGGCCAGGAAAUGGGUUCGAGGGAUCAUAUGAAAAUUGCCCAGCAGUUUUUCCAGUUGGUAGGAGGAUCAGCUAGUGAAUGUGAUACAAUACCAGGGAGGCAGUGCAUGGCUUCCUGUUUCUUCCUGCUUAAACAAUUUGAUGAUGUCUUGAUUUACCUCAACUCUUUCAAGAGUUACUUCUAUAAUGAUGACAUCUUUAACUUUAAUUAUGCCCAAGCCAAAGCUGCAACAGGCAAUACCAGUGAGGGUGAAGAGGUUUUCCUCUUGAUCCAAAGUGAGAAGUUGAAAAAUGAUUACAUUUACCUCAGUUGGUUAGCUCGCUGCUACAUCAUGAAUAAGAAACCAAGGCUAGCUUGGGAACUUUAUCUCAAGAUGGAAACCUCCAGCGAGUCCUUCAGCCUCUUACAGCUCAUUGCCAAUGACUGUUACAAGAUGGGCCAGUUCUACUAUUCAGCCAAAGCUUUUGAUGUCCUAGAGAGGCUGGACCCCAACCCUGAGUACUGGGAAGGCAAAAGGGGUGCCUGUGUGGGCAUUUUCCAGAUGAUUUUAGCUGGGAGAGAGCCCAAAGAGACCCUCCGAGAAGUGCUGCACUUAUUGAGAAGCACAGGAAACACCCAAGUGGAGUAUAUAAUCAGGAUCAUGAAGAAAUGGGCCAAGGAGAACAGAGUGCCCAUCUAAACAGCCGAGCCCAGGCCAGGGACCAGCUUUCUCUCACAUCAAGUUGGUACUGUUUUCCUGUACUUGAGUAUGUGACCCAGGAUCCUGUUUGAUUGACAUUUACUUCCUUGCCCUUAGAGCAUCAAGAAGAGUGGCUGGUAUGUGUGGACUGAGCCAACGGCAGCAAGACCUCCCUGGUAAUCUAUGGUGAAAGGACUUUGGACUUCCCUGGUGCCUUCCUUCCAGAAUCACUCAAAAUACUCAUAAUUUACUGGCUUUUAAGAAUAGGUAAUAGUCUUGUUUUUCUUUCUCUGUUAGCAGUUCAGGACAUUUUCUCCUAGCUGCAAUGACAAGUACCUAUGUACUAAAGAAUUGCAUUGUUUGAUCAUCUUCCGUCAGCUUGUACAUUAGCCCAUCCGUGAAGAACACAGCUCUGAGCCCUGGGGGGAGGCUUCCCGAGCUGUGUGAUUGAGGAUGGCCAGGAGACCCUCUACCAAACUGCAGUUAUUAGUAGACAGUACGCUUAUGGGAUCACUCUCUCAGUAAAUGAAUUGCUGCUCAUUGCGUUUGUUAGAAUGGGACACGUUGAGUACUGUAGGUUUUUAAAAAGGAAAAGGAAAAACUUGGCAUCUCUGAGGGUGUACAAAUCUCAGAGUUGCUGCUCCCUUGUAUUUUAGGAAACAAAGCCAGGACAAGCUUCUUCAUAUAUCUGCUGAAUGAGCAUCAGUUUUCAACAUAGGGCUGGGAAGGUUUCAUGAUACAUAUGCACAUUUGUUUUGUUUUUAGUAUUUUUUUUUCAAGAUAGGGUUUCUCUGUGCAUCCCUGGCCGUUUGGAACUCAUUCUGUAGACCAGGCUGGCCUCAAACUCAGAAAUCUGUCUGCUUCUGUCUUUCCAGUGCUGGGAUUAAUGGUGUGCGCCACCCCCACUCCCCAGCAUACAUACAUGUUUAUCUUGCACAUACAUGCACACAUGGUAGGGAUUUAUUGAUACAAUUAUAAACCAGGGUUCCUUGAGUGACCUCUAAUGGCUAGCCUCUUUAUCAUAUCUCAGCCCGGUGCCUCUGAGCUGUCAUUACAUAAACUUUCUUCUACAACCAAGUAUUCUCGGGCUUACGUCUCAUUUGCAGAAACCAGACCCAUAUCUUUCUCAGAUCACCUUUGUUUAAAUGCACUGUAAUUUUCUUCUUUAAGUCUGGGGUACACAGUGUCACAAGCUAGAACAUACAGACCCACCCUCAUAGAGCAGAGUGUGGACAAGGAGGAAGUGCAGGAACUUCUAGACACAUUAGUUCUGUCUCCUGCUCCAGCUUCCUGCUGCAGGUGGUACUUUGCUGCACAGAAAGGAGGGAAACCUGUCCAGAGUAACAGCAGCCCAUGCAGUAGGACCAGCAGCUGAACACAGCCUUCACCCUGCAGUCCUAAGCUGUUCUUCAGCUCUACUCAGAAAGCAGCCAGUGUGCCACCUUUUACAUCAGGCUCAGAUCUGACCGGUCCAGAGUACAAGUGACACCACUGAGCUGAGCGAGCUCCAGGAGACAAAGCCACAUCAUUUCCAUAUGCCAAAGCUACUUGGUUUCUUGUUCUGCUGCUCCCACUUGUUCAGUAAUCGCUGGUUCUCAUUGUCAAAGCUACUAGGUGGGUAGCUGUGGCUGAACCUGCUAUCAUUCUGUGAAUCAUUCUUGUAAAACUUACUCUGUUUUACGUACUCUCUUGGGAGCUGUUGGCAUCUUCUAGCGAACUGCUAUUCAGAUCCUCAUUCCUGAAAGACACUCAUUCAUGCUGUUGUACUUCCCAGUGAGGUGUUUUGAGUUGACUACUCAGUGGUCUCUAUAACAUUUUACUGUCUUGAGGAAAGGAUGUCUUCCCCCAACAACAGGAUUUUAGAUUACUUUUUAAAAAGUUUUUAAUCUACAAGAAUGAGACAGAAACAUGAAGGCUACUUAAAGAGAAGCACAUGCAAUUCUGUUAGGAGGUAUAAUGCUUCUGAUUGUCUUGGCAAGGUUUCAGGCUUCUUGUGUUCUCUCACAGAUAAGCCCAAGGGAGACAGCCCCAGGCUGGGGAAUGUGUAAUGUGUACAGUCUAGAGCAUCAAUGUACUUUUUAAAAUCUGUAGUAUAUACUUACAAAUGGAAAAAAAGCUUUUACAAUUAUUUUUAUACUGCAAAAUAAUUAUAUAGCACUGUACUAUUUCUAAAUUAAACUAUUUUUUGGUUCUU